CCAUAGGUCUGAACCAACUGCAGGAGGCUCGCUGCGUGAGUCACGGCUCCUACACGCAGCGCGAGCGGCUGGAGGGAUGUGACCCCGGAAGAGGACGGCUUCUUACAACAACACACCAUUCAAAUAAAACACACAAGAAAGAAAAACUGGACCAGGAGGGAGCCACAGGAGCAGGGGGGAUGAACCGCGAGGAGGCCCCGGGGAAGUCUCCUGAAGAGAUGUACAUCCAGCAGAAGGUUCGAGUGCUGCUCAUGCUCAAGAAGAUGGGCUCCAAUCUGACGCCGAGUGAAGAGGCGUUUCUACGGAAUUACGCAGGCGUGGUCCACAGUCAGAUGAGUCAACUACCACAGCACAACAUAGACCAGGGUGCGGAGGACGUGGUGAUGGCUUUCUCACGCUCAGAGACCGAGGACAGGAGACAGUGACCCUGGCCCCCCCCUCCACCACCACCACCCUCUCCCCCCCCCUCGUAGUCCACCCAAACUCAACCGACACAGCACUGUUCCCAGAGAAGAUCCGGGCAGCUCUAAUGGGAGGAGGAUGAGAGAGGUGAGGGUAGGAGGGAGGGAGGUAACCUUCCUACCUGGUUACCUUCACCAUCAUCCCCCCUCCCCUCCCCCCACCGCCCCGCCCCCUCACCCUUCUGUCCUGCCCCAGCCCCACGGAGCAUCGCCCUCAGAGAACCCUGCGUUUGCUAACAUGGGUCAAGGACUUGGAUGUGAAGCAGGCUGAUGGAAACACACAUAUAUUGUGUAAACGGAAAAAGGUUUUUGCUUAGUUUUAUGUGUUGUUCUUUAUGGGGCAAGUUUUGUUUUGUGAGCGUGUCUCUGGUUGGUCAUGGGUGGAGCGACGUUGAGAGCAGUGUGUUCGGUCAAGCGUAGAAAGAUGUGUGAGGAGAACCUAACUGAUCACUUUGUGGGAAGAUGAAACAUUUUGCUGUUUACUUUUAUUUUUUUGGGCAAGUUUGUUUAUCUUGUAGCUUAACACCGGAUGUUUGAGCGGUUCAGUCAGAACAUGUGUAAAACGGUUUUCAUGUACUGUCAAACCAACUGUACGUUUUGCUGCUUCAUUUUAAACUAAAAGGCUGUAAGGCUGUAUCUCUGUUACCCUUAAGGGACAAGUAUAUUCAACUUUCAAGGACACUAGCUCACAAACACAGAAGUACCACAUUAUUUUCCCAAAUAAACAAGAUAUUUGGGUUGUUGGGGAAAAAGAAAAAUUACUUUUUUUAUUGUACAGAUAUUGGGGGAAAAUACAACAAUGAAUUGAUUGUGCCAAUUGUGUUUAUUCUUAGUAUUUUUAUCUGUAAGAUGAAAGUGUAACAUUAUGAUUUAAAGGGUGUGUGUUGAGUCACCCCCCUGUAGUCUAAUUUAUUACUUAUUGAGACGACUCCUAAACUUUUCAUCAAAAUACUCCUAUGUCUUGACCAUCAAGAGAAUAUUGUAAACAAAAGAAAUGUAGUAUUCAGGAACGCUCUGUUUCUGAUUCACACACUAAGCAAUCAACCGUGCAAACGCUUAAAUAGAUCUGUGUAAAGCCAUGGAACAAAAUUCCUUUCUUGAGAUCAAUGAGCUUAGCUCUUGACUUUAAAUCAUGCAUCGAUGUCAAAGGGAGAUUAACACAUGUGUGGAUCUUUUAAGAUCGUUUAGUAUACACGCUAUAGAAACGUUUUAGUAAUGUCUCCCUCCAUUCCCAUCAGCAACUCCUAGUGCAGGAAACACGAUGUGGGCAAAUUGUCUUCUGUUUUUAUCGAUUUCAACUGGAAUUGUUCAAUUCUGUCAUUUUCAUUUUGUUUCAAUCAGACUUUUAGACUUUUUUGCGGUAGGAAUGUGCUCAAUAUUUAAUGUGUGUAAGUACAUUUUGUUAACUCGGUUAACUUAAAUAAUUGUAACUUAAUGUUUUGAAACCAAGCAUGUCUACCUUGUGGUUUACAGUGUACAUUUAAGUAAAGUCUACGAAUGAAAUCCUUGCCACAAUGACCAUCGCUUGUACAUUCUAAAAAUAUGUGGAAGCACUGGUUCUUUUAAAAAAAACAUUUUAUAGGAAUUAACUUUUUUGGUGUACAAAGUGUCAAUCUGUUUGCUGUCAUUUUCUUAAAUCGAAUGUCCUCGCAGAUCGCGAUAAUGAGCAUUGUCAGCAGAUGUUUACACUGUCCGUUACGACAAAAAAGUUUGUCUUUCAUGUUUACUUUUGUUUGAAAACAUUCUUAAACCUGAUUUGUCUAUGCAUUCUUUUGAUUAAAAGACAAAAAAUUGCAUCAAAGGUGUCUUACAGUAGGACUUUAAGACCUGUAGCUACAGCCUGCAUGUGUGUGUGUUAGCGAGUGAAUGUCACCGUGUGUGGAUACAUCUGUUAAAACCGCUACCAAUCCAAUCUUCAGCAUGCUGUUAAUUUUGACUAGAGCUGUGUAUCUUUCAAUGUGAUGACUUCUCGUUGCCAGGCUUACCCCUCUUCCGUUCUUUGUGUUGCCUUUGUAUUUUUCUCAGUUGAAAUUGAUUAGUUGGAUGUUUCUGUAUGGCUGCUGACCAUGUAUUGACUAAAUGCUUCCAAAUUCUAUACCAACUGAACCAUUAAAGGAUUUUAAAACACUAAA